AUGUCAAUUUUUUCUCUCCCCCCCCCUAUCCGCCGUUCUAAUUUAAUCUCUCUCUCUCCCUCUCUCUCUCUCUCUCUCUUUUUCUCUCUCCCUAUUUCUCUCCUCUUUCUUUCUCUCUCUCCCUCCUCUCUCACCUUCUCUUUCUCCCUCUUUCUCCUUCUCUUUAUCUUUCUCUCCCCUCCCUCUCUUCCUCUACCUCUCACCCGCUUUCUCCCUACCUCCCUCCGUCUCUCUCUUUCACUCUCGCCCCUUCUCUCUUUCUCUCUUCCUCCCUCUCUCUCUCUUUCUCUCCCCUCUCUUUCUCUCCUCCUCUCUUUAUCUCCCUCCCUCCCUCUCUCUUUUCUCUCUCCCUCUCUCUUUCUCUCCUCUCUCUUUCUCUCCUUUUCCCUCACUUUCUUCUCUGUUUCUCUUUCUCUCUCUCUUUUUCUCCACUUCUCUCCCCCUCUCUUCUCUCUCCUCUCUCACCUUCUCUUUCUCCCUCUCUCUCCCCCUCUUUAUCCUUCUCUCUCCCUCCCUCACUUCCUCUACAUCUCUCUCACCCUCUUUCUCCCUCCCUCCGUCUCUCUCUUUCACUCUCUCCCCCUCUCUCUUUCUCUCUUCCACCCUCUCUCUCUUUCUCUCCCUCUAUCUUUCUCUCCUUCUCUCUUUAUCUCCCUACCUCACUCACUCUCUUUCUCUCUCCCUCUCUCUUUCUCUCCUUCUUUCUUUAUCUCUCCCUCACUUUCCUCUCUGUUUCUCUUUCUCUCUCUCCUCUCUCUUUCUCUCCACUUCUCUCCCCUCUCUUCUCUCUCUCCCUCCUCUCUCACCUUCUCUUUCUCCCUCUCUCUCCCUAUCUUUAUCCUUCUCUCUCCCUCGCUCACUUCCUCUACAUCUAUCUCACCCUCUUUCUCCCUCCCUCCCACCGUCUCUCUCUUUCACUCUCUACCCCUCUCUCUUUCUUUCUCCCUUCCUCUCUUUCUCUCUCUCACUCUCUUUCUUUCUCUCUCCCUCUCUCUUUCUCUCCUUCUCUCUUUAUCUCACUCCCUCCCUCACUCACUCACUCACUCACUCACUCAUUCUCUCUUUCUCUCCUUCUCUCUCCCUCUCUUUCCUCUCUGUUUCUCUUUCUCUCUCUCUCCUCUCUCUCUUUCUCUUCCCUUCACUCUCCCUCUCUUUCUCUGUAUCUCUCCCCCUCUUUCUCCCUUCCUCUAUCUUUCUCUCCCCUCUCUCUCUCUCUCUCUCGUUAUUUUUUGCCAGGUCCUCUCUAAGCUAGUAUACGGCGUCGAGACGUGA